AUGCGAAGAUGUCAACAAGUGCAGGGUCGGUCGCUCGAGAGCGAGCUGCUUAGCGCGCCAGCGCACUGGAUGCAACGUAGUAUUGGGCGAUCCCUACGUGCUUCUUCCCACGCUAGUGCAUCUCAGAGUAUGUUACUGCUACAAAAGCUGCCUCGACCGCUGCAGCGCCACCGAGAUGGAGCUUUUAGAGAGGACCUUUACGCUGGUGCACGCUACAAGCUGUCGCUACAGGAGCAACAUCAACAGGAACAGAGACGACAACAGGCCCAGAGACGACAGAAACUGCAGCCAGCAUCGAAGAUGCAGGACAGCUUCAUGGCUGCUGAGAGGUACUUCGAGGCUCAUGUGGGUCACGCCAGUCACGAGGAGAACCCAGAUAUGGAGGACAGUAUGGUGGCCGUACCGACCUACGCGGAUGUAAGUCACCAUGUCAAACUGCUUACGACGCAGCAGGCUCACUGUAAGAGACCAUGA